AUGACGAAUCCAUCCCAGCUCUUCCUUCUCGCCGACCACAUCAAACUCUCCCUUCUAGAGCGACAACGCGCGAUUUCAUUAGAUCUUGAACCAAACGCCCAAGAUGGCGAGAUCUCUCGUUCCCUCGAGUCCCUCCAAGAAGGCAUCCAUGCCGUUGAAGCCGAGCAGGCCCGGCUAGCAGACUCGCACGACAGCACCGGCGCCGCAGCGCUAAAGGACCAACUGGUUCCCCUCCAUGCGCAAUACCGUGACCUCGCUUCACAAUUUUAUGGCGAAUCGACGCAGGCGUCGAAUUCCGCAACCCCCGAUCUUAAACAACCCGUCCCCCAACACCCGCCGUCCAAAUCCGUGCGGUUCAUGGAUAACUCCGCCGCGGCAGCAGCGAUCCAGGAAGAAAUCGACAAUGAGGAGGAUCGAGAUCGACAGAAUCUCUUCCGGCCAUAUCGUGAUGCGCCCUCACCUCCAGGCAUCGACCAGUCGGGUAUGGACAAUGAACAGAUCUACUUGCAUCAUGACCGAAUCAUGCGAGAACAAGACGAUCAGCUUGAUCGAUUGGGGGAGUCGAUUGGACGACAGCACCAGUUGAGUAUCGAGAUUGGCGAUGAACUCGAUGGUCAUGUCGCACUGCUAGAUGGGAUGGAUGGCGAUGUUGAACGCCAUCAGGGUCGAUUGAAUACCGCGCGCCGGCGGCUGGACCGGUUCCGGCGCAAGGCGGGUGAGAAUUGGAGUAUGAUGACCAUCAUCGGAUUGAUAAUCGUCCUGGUUAUCUUGAUUGUCAUAUUGAAAUAG